AUGGCUCUCCCUUCAGCAGCUACCACUCUGCGCAAGACCCUCCAAGACCCCGAUGGCUUCGUCGUAGCCCCGGGAGUCUACGAUGGCAUGUCCGCACGUCUAGCACUGGCAGCGGGCUUCGACGCAUUAUACAUGACCGGCGCAGGAACAGCAGCCUCAGUGCACGGCCAAGCUGACCUCGGAAUCUGCACCCUGAAUGACAUGCGCGCGAACGCCGAAAUGCUCGCCAACCUAUCCCCAUGCACGCCCCUCAUCGCCGACGCAGACACCGGCUACGGCGGACCGAUCAUGGUCGCACGAACAACCGAGCAAUACGCCCGGUCCGGCGUGGCAGCCUUCCACAUCGAAGACCAGGUCCAGACGAAGCGCUGCGGCCACUUAUUCGGCAAGCAACUCGUCGAGACGGCGACGUACACAACCCGCAUCCGGGCAGCCGUGCAAGCGCGCCAGCGACUCGGUAGCGACAUCGUCAUCAUCGCACGCACAGACUCGCUGCAAGCGCAUGGGUAUGAAGAGAGCCUGGCGCGACUGCGGGCGGCGCGGGCGGCGGGCGCAGACGUGGGAUUCCUGGAAGGGAUUUCAUCGCGGGAGAUGGCUGCGCAGGCUGUCAAGGACUUGGCGCCUUGGCCUUUGGUUCUGAAUAUGGUCGAGCAUGGGGCGACUCCGUCAAUUUCGGCGGCGGAGGCGAAAGAGAUUGGAUUUCGGAUGAUUAUCUAUCCGUUUGCCACCCUUGGACCGGCGCUUGUUGCCAUGCGGGAGGGAUUGGCGAAGUUGAAGGAGACUGGGUUGCCUGGGUUAAGUGAGGAAAUUACGCCGCAGAUGCUGUUCCGGGUUUGUGGGUUGGAUGACAGUUUGAAAUUGGAUGCUGAGGCAGGCGGGGAUUCAUUCGAGGGUGGGGUUGAUUUGAGCGGGAAGUGA